AUGGGGAAAUUAAACACAGUAACACUAUACACACAUAUGGGCGCCGCUGCUGUAACUUUCUUCCUCAAAUUCGCGGUGAUUUUUGGCCUCUCGGCGGCGUUGCUUGCCGCAGAUGUGGCGGAGGGGCGGCGCGCGUUUUUCGUGUUCGGAGAUUCGUUGGUCGACAAUGGCAACAACAACUUCCUUGCCACCAGUGCCCGCGCCGAUUCUCCCCCCUAUGGUAUUGAUUAUCCCACUCACCGCCCCACCGGCCGUUUCUCCAACGGCCUCAACAUCCCGGACAUUAUCAGUGAAAAGUUAGGAUCGGAACCAACAAUGCCGUAUUUGAACCCACAGCUCGAUGGGCAAAAGCUUCUUGUCGGUGCCAAUUUUGCUUCCGCCGGAGUCGGCAUAUUGAAUGACACUGGAAUCCAAUUCGUAAAUAUAAUAAAUAUCUACCAACAGCUAGACUACUUCGCAGAAUAUCAACAAAGAUUGGCGAAAUUGAUUGGUGCCGAGAAGGCGAAGAAGCUGGUGAAUGAUGCCCUUGUUCUAAUCACCCUCGGCGGAAAUGAUUUCGUCAACAACUAUUAUUUGAUCCCCUUUUCGCCAAGGUCUCGCCAAUUCACCCUUCCCAAUUACGUUGACUUCGUCAUCUCCGAAUACAAAAAAGUUCUAAAGAGACUCUACGAUUUGGGAGCUCGAAAGGUGAUGGUUACGGGAACUGGACCGUUAGGGUGCGUGCCAGCGGAGCUUGCCCAGCAUAGCUUAGAUGGCAAAUGUGCAUCAGAGCUACAAAAUGCAGCUUACAUGUUCAACCCUAAGCUCGCUCGAAUAAUCAAAUGUCUCAAUAAGGAGAUUAAUUGCAAUGCUUUCCUUGCUGUCAAUACACACCAAAUCCACAUGGAUUUCAUCACUAACCCUAAAGCUUUUGGAUUCGUGACGUCUCAAGUGGCAUGUUGUGGACAAGGACCGUAUAAUGGGGUGGGACUAUGCACACCAUUGUCUCACUUGUGCACCAAUAGAGACGAAUAUGCAUUUUGGGAUGCAUUCCAUCCAUCAGAAAAGGCUAAUAGAAUAAUUGUUGAUCAAAUGAUGAAUGGAUCCAACACUUACAUGCAUCCCAUGAACCUUAGCACCAUCCUAGCUAUGGAUUCCAAUGCUUAA